AGAAAAUUGCAACUUUGGGCCCAAAGGUUUGAAUAAUUAAAUUCAAACCUAUAGUUUUUUUUUAUAUAAUUUUGGGACUCACAAUCCCAUUUUUAUAUUAUUUUUUUCUCUUCCUCUCACGUUGCUCGGCGUUUUCUCGCAAGGGGAGAUUAUUUUCUUUUUUCUUCAGAUUAUAUUGACAAAGAUAGUGGUGAAAAAGGAGUUGUGAAGGGGAACUUGUUAUUCAAGACACAAGUGUACUUUAAUAAUGUGCCCAACGAGAAUAUGGAUUUUUGACGAUGAAGCAGCACCAACACAACAGCCAGAAGCCACAGAAAUAGAUCAAGGAACACUGGAUUCUGCCGCUUCUGAUUCAGACUCAUCCGAAGAAUGUCCUACAUGUUUUGAUAGUUAUACAGAUGAAAAUCCUAAGAUAACUGCAGAAUGCUCCCAUCAUUUUCACCUUCCCUGUAUACUUGAAUGGCAACAAAGAAGUGAAGAAUGCCCCAACUGUAGACGGGUGCUGAUCAUUAAUAAAACAUUUGAUCGAUGAUGACAGUGACCACAUCUAAACAAAUAUAUCAAAGAAAUUUUGAUGUUUCUCGAUUCUUUUUUUAAUGAUGUACUCAGUUUGCUAGAUAGUUCAUUUUCAAGUUUUCUUGUAAUUUUUUUAUCUUCAACUUUUCA